UCAGCAGGGCAGAGCUGAAUAUAUGAAUAUUCACCCCCCCAAUUAGCGUCCUAGUUUCGCUUCUGGUUAUUGGUGGUUGUUUGGUUGUUGGUACCAUUGGUUCCAACUUAGUAUUCUGUGUAUAUGAAGUACACGAAAAGUGUUGUAUGCAUUUGCGCGGGCGCAGUUGGCGACGUCAUGCUUUCAAAGAAAACCUUUCAUAACAAACAACAGCACAUUUUUGAAAAUUAUAUAAAAAACCCAUUUCAUUCGACUCUCAUGUGACGCAUGUCGUUUGGUUCAAGCAGCCAUACAAAUGGAUGCUCAAAAUUAAGUCCAAAGCUCAAAAGAAGGAGAAACGUCACAGCCAUCGACGACGAAGAGUUUAAAACUACGAACGGGCAUACAAAAAUGGUGCCUAAGAUACGUGUCGUUUCUGGUGGUUAUGAGCCUGUCAGUGUUGUGCAAGACGACAUAUCUGUUGAAAAUGGAGAAUUUGGUGUUCGUACUGAUGAAAUGAAAGCGUCUAAUGGCGGCGAUAUGACAUCUCAUGACCACAUAGACAUCACUAACAACGUGCCAUUGAAAAAAGAUGAAUCGUCUUUCACUAUCGCUUUUGAAGUCUUAAUUCCUUUUCUUAUAGCUGGAUUGGGAACUGUGGCGGCUGGUCUACUGCUAGAUAAAGUACAGCAUUAUGAUGUUUUUGAACAAAUCAGCGAAAUCUUUAUUCUUGUUCCGGCGCUUCUUGGCUUAAAAGGCAACCUUGAAAUGACGCUUGCAUCAAGACUUUCAACAGCCGCAAAUGUUGGCAAUAUUGAUGACACUGUUGAGCAAUGGAAGCUUAUUUCAGGAAACAUGGUCUUGAUUCAGGUACAAGCAAUUGUUGUGGCAACAUUGGCAGCCAUAGCUGCAGUGACCAUGGGUUGGAUAGUGGAUGGUCAUUUUCACGUUCACCAUGCUACCUUACUCUGUGCAAGCAGUCUGGUGACGGCAACCCUUGCGAGUCUUAUACUUGGAUCUCUAAUGGUCAUGAUCAUUGUGUUGUCACGAAAACUUAAAAUCAACCCUGAUAACAUUGCUACACCAAUUGCGGCGAGCCUCGGUGAUCUGGUGACGCUGGCAUUGUUAUCUGGAAUUAGCUCAUUCUUACAUAAAUGUUUAGGUUCGAAUCAUUGGAUCGCGCCAAUCAUCUGUUCGCUUUUUUUUAUUAUGCUUCCCUGUUUCGUGUACAUAUGUCAUCACAAUAAUUACACUCAACAUAUUUUAUAUAAUGGAUGGAACCCAGUGAUUAAUGCCAUGAUCAUCAGCAGUGGUGGUGGAGUGAUCCUUGAUUACACUGUAGCCAACUAUAAAGGCAUUGCUGUUUACAAUCCAGUCAUAAAUGGCGUCGGUGGAAAUCUUGUAGCAGUUCAGGCGAGUAGAAUAUCGACCAGCCUACAUAAAAGUGGCGAACCCGGCACGUUUCCCGAAGGAGCUGGCUUCAAAGGAUGCCUCCAAACGUUUUUCGGAAAAGGUCAAAAUUCUCGUGCUGCACGUGUCCUGCUGUUUCUGGCAAUUCCUGGACAUUUAAUCUUUCUUAAUAUCAUCGCCAAACUUCAAGCCGGACACACCACUGUAACGUUAAUCUUUACCGUCGCGUAUUUAUUGGUCGGUUUUAUUCAAGGGACCUUGCUAUUGCUCGCUGCUGAUUGGCUCGUUCAUUUCAAUUGGAAACGAGGCAGUGACCCUGAUAAUGUCGCUAUUCCCUAUCUGACCGCGCUUGGCGAUCUUUUAGGCACGGGGCUUCUCGCUGUUGCCUUUCACGUGUUGUGGUUGAUCGGAGAUAGGGAUGCUGACGUAGGUGACUGAAUUUGAUGUCAUGGAAAAUUUGCCACUAGCCAUGUUUCUUCAGGGAUAAUUAGGCUGGAUGGGGUAUUGACAUUUUUUAUAGAAACCACUGAAGAAUGGAGUCUUAGAUAAAGUAUUGAUUGACAAAAUUUAAGUUAUUCGAAGUAAAUUUUUUAUUGACAGGACAUUUCACGUUACAUCAAAAAGCAAACCUGUUUUUAUAUCGCACCGUCAUGUUAAUCAUUUGUAAUCAUAUGUAAUCCAUAGUAAGAUAUUUGUAAUAUAUUAAGAAAUCCAUAGUAUGAAAUUGGCUUUAAUUAGUAA